GAAGGAAGGAUGGUUCAACGUGAAUAGAUUCACACAUGCAGGCCUCACUCGAACAGAACAACAAUCCAUCCAUUCGCCAGUGUCGGUCUCACGGCUCCGUCCUCGGCUGCACUGUGGAUACGACCAGACAGACAGCGAGACGAUGCCAUCUGUCCAGACAUAGCCAUCGUGCUGACGAAGUCACCAGUGGUGGGAGCUGACAGCAAUUCAGUGCCUCUCACGCACGUAACCAAAGCAGCUUCCCUCCCUCCGUCCCUCUCUCCUUCAGAGAGGUCUCUGUACACCCUGGCUGUACACUCACAGUCAGCAGCCAUCACCACACGGCGUCAAAGUCAGCACGCACGCACACGCACAGAUUCGUACAAAGCGUCUCAAGUCGUGCUGACGCACAUCUAUCAUCUCGCUGCGUCCACCGUGUCCAUCUCUUCAAGUCGCCUUGUCUUGGUCGGCUCGUCCAGCGGAUACUUGGCCGCCAUCUCGGCGAACUGACACAUACCACACCAUCAACGCACACACGUGAAUGUGUCCGUGAAUAUGGGCGUGGGCACCCACCUUGUCCUCAAGGGUGAGGUCAUAGGGCAAGUGGGGAAAGACCUUGGUCUCAGGAGAGUACCUGCACCAAACACCAUCAUCCACCCAUCCAUCCAACACACAGAUGCGCGAGUGCCGCUAGGUGUUGCCUGCCUGCCUGCCUGUGUAUGUGUGUUUGCUUUGCGUCACCUUUGCCGCAUGGCUAUCCACUUGACGAAAUUCUCUAUCUCGUGCACCUGCACACACAGAGAUGCGCCACACGUACACCCUCUCUGCGUGCGCCUGACUGCAUGUACCUACCUCCAUCCUGUGCACGUCCACGCCGUUCUCCGUCAGCUGCCGAUACGCAUUGCGCCUGGGGGGGUAGUCGGGGCACUGACCUGAUUGACCCACACAACAGACAGACAGACAGACGCAUAAGCAAACACAGUCACUCGCCUCUCUUAUGUGAGGGGGUGAGGGUGCGUGCCUGUGAUGUAGAGAGACCACCAGGGCGACUGCACCUGCACACACGGGCACACAGCUGGAUGGAUGGAUGGACAGAUCAGCAUUCAGAGGGCGCAGGAGAUGAAGACUGAAGUGAAGAUCUGACUUGUGGAGCGCUGGGCUGUGCUUCUUUCGUCAGCUGGAAGGGCAGCUUCUGCCCAGACACACGACAAAGGCGCGAAAUGCGCAUCCC